AUGAACCGAUUCGAGUACACGAAUGGCCAGUGCAUGCCUAACGAAAAAACUCUACGUCGUGACAACAAUAUCAGGCUUUACGAUGGAGAAGUCCGGACGAAUUUCGAAGGCGGUGAGUUGACGAUAACCACUCAUCGUCUUAUCUAUAGAACGUCGAAUGUUUGUUUCUCGUUGUCGUUAAGUUUAAUCAUUUAUUUCGAAGAAGAAUAUCCAGGCCCGUUGUUUUUCACUCGAAGUCCAAAAGUCAAGCUGCAUUUGACGGAACCCCCACGUGAUAAACAGCCUGGACCUAUUGACAAUAGUCCUCACAGUUACAUUAAAUUAUCGUUCAAAAAUGGGCUGAGCCCAGCUUUUGUGGAAAAUUUAAGCGAAGUUAUACAUAAUAGACUAUGGGAAAUAAUUCCUUUAAGUAUAGGAGUUUCUCCUUCUAGUGUGCAGGGUUCAAAUUCUAAUAUGCCUCGGAAUCCUCCACCCAUAAAACCCAGGACAGGAAUAAUAGGUAUAGAACGGAAUCUAAAAGAACAGCAACGUGCAACUGAUGAAAGUAUAAAUGUUGCCUUUCAAGACUUGAGAAAACUCAUGGGAAUGGCUAAAGAUAUGGUCAAUAUAUCGAGAACGAUAUCUGCAAAAAUAAGGGAACGACAAGGUGACAUCACUGAAGAUGAAACUGUAAGAUUUAAAUCGUAUUUAAUGAGCCUGGGAAUUGACGAUCCAGUGACAAGAGAUGCAUACAAAAGCAGCAAUGAAUAUUUCAAACAAUUAGGCAGGCAGCUUGCUGAAAUUCUUGAAGAGCCGAUAAAAGAGGUGGGAGGCAUGAUGGCUUUAACUGACGUGUAUUGCAGAGUUAACAGAGCUAGAGGGCUGGAACUAUUAUCUCCAGAAGAUUUGCUUCAUGCAUGUAAACAACUAUCAGAUUUAAAUCUACCAAUUAUGUUAAGAACUUUUGAUAGUGGAGUUAUGGUUAUACAGUCUGUAUCUCAUAAUGAUGUUGAGGUUGCUGAUGCUGUCUCACAACUGAUUAAAGACAGAGGUUCAAUUACUGCCACUGAACUGGCUCAAUCUGAAGGAAUUUCAGUGGUUCUGGCCUGUGAACGUUUAUUUAUGACUGAAAAAUAUGGUAAAGCAUGUAGAGAUGACUCAAUUGAAGCACUCAGAUUCUAUCCUAAUUUAUUUUUGGAAGAAGAGUGAACUUAAAAAUGAAAAUAAAAUAUAAAUAAAACUCACGGAACUCGUUCUCUCAUGAACUGAUUGUUUUAUAAAAAUUGAGUAUUUAAUAUUUACUAAAAAAUAGUGAGAACGUCGUUAAUAUUGAAUAUGUUUGAAUGUGUUUUUUAUUCAAAGCCUCUAUAUAAUGUAAAUAGUGAAAAUCGUUAUA